GGAGAGGGAGGGCGCGGAGGGGGAGGGGGAGGGGGUCAUAUCCUGUGGGAUCGGCCAGCAGGGCAGCGAGGGGCCGAUCGGUCUCCGUCCCCACGUCAGACGGCGCCUGGUGACCCGGAUGUGAGAAGAUGGCGGCGGCCGAGGAGGACGAGGAGGAUUUCAUCUCCUUCGGAUCAGCGCUGGAACCGGCGGAGGAUAAGGGGACCUCUCUGAAGAAACCAGUUCCUCUGCAGGACCAGACUGUGAAGGAUGAAAAAGGACGAUACAGGCGCUUUCAUGGUGCAUUCACUGGGGGAUUCUCUGCAGGAUAUUUCAACUCCGUGGGGUCAAAGGAAGGAUGGACACCUUCAACCUUCGUGUCUUCACGGCAGAAAAAGGCGGAGAAGCAGCUGUUCAGCCCUGAGCACUUCAUGGACGAAGAGGAUCUCGAGGAGCACGGAAUCGCACCCAAGGAAAUCGUGACAACGGGAGACUUUGCCUCCAAGGCGACGGACAAGCUGCAGGAGAAGUCGCGGGCGCUGGCGAGUGUGACGGGUCCGAUUCCUGGGGCCACCAUCCUGGAUGACUUGAUCACUCCCGCAAAGAUAACAAUCGGAGUGCAGUUGCUGCGGAAAAUGGGCUGGAAGGAAGGUCAAGGUGUGGGACCACGUGUGAAGAGAAAAGCUCAAAGGCAGCAAACCGGUACCGGUGUGAAGGUGUACGGCUGUUCCCUGCCCGAUGAAGGCUGGCAACAAUCACAGGAGGAGCGAGACGAGGAGUAUCUGCCCGAAGACGUUACCUUUGCACCAAAGGAUGUGACGCCGAUGGACUUCACAGCGAAGGAUGACCGGCGGGGGCUGGGGUACAGUGGGAUCGACCCGCGCAGGGCUUUGUAUGGACUGGCCAGGGAGGAGCUCGACAGCAUGUUCUACACUGACUCCAAACAGUCACAGAACCUCCUGGGUGAUGUCCACUCCGGCAGGGAGAGGAGGCUUGGCAUCACCGGACAGGCGUUCGGCGUGGGUGCUCUGGAGGAGGAGGACGAGGACAUUUACGCCAGGGAUUCGCUGUCGCGCUACGACUCAGUGCUAAAGGAGGAAGAGCCGGGGGACGGACUCUAUGGAUGGACAGCUCCACAGCAAUUCAAGAAGGCAAAAGGUUCAGAUCUUCAGACAGGAUACAUCGGCAAACUGCUGGAGGGCUUCACUCUGGGAUCCAAGUCGACUAAAUCCAUGACGGUGUACGGACCUCCGGAGCUGCCCAGGGAUUACCGACCUGUUCACUACUUCCGACCGGUGGUGUCCCCAGGCACCGUCAGGACCACAGUGGCACAGGCGCUUCUGGAAUCGGUGGGGCAGCUCAGCACUGACGCAGCAACAAAGGGCCGUCACCAGCUGAACGCGAGCCAGCGCAGAGAGCUGCUGGGGGAGAGAGCUCUGCAAGGUCCUCACUCCGUGUUUGAUCUGCUCGCUGAAGAGGAUAAGUUGAGACUACAGGAGGUGCAGCGAGCAGCAAGCCACGUUCCCAGCCCACAUCCACCCCAGCCUCUGCCCUCCCAGCACAGUGGCAGAGGAGGGGCGGCCGGAUCCAGCGACUUUAAACCCUUUGUGAAGGACGCUGAGAAGCAGAAGCGGUACGAGGAGUACGUGAGGAAGCUGAGCUCUGGGCAGAGUGAUGCCCUGGCCACCAGCCUGGACCCCAACAUGACGGAAUGGGAGCGAGGACGUGAGCGAGAGGAGUUCAGCCGAGCUGCCGCUCUGUACCGUCCCAUCAGCGCCUCACUGUCGUCCCGUUUCACACGCGCCAAGAUGGCAGACGACACAGACCAGGUGGAGGUUCCUGAACAACAAGAGGGUGACGUCAGUGACAAGGAGGCCGCGGUGAGGAUGAAGAUGUUCGGGGCUCUGACCAGAGACAAGUUUGAGUGGCAUCCUGAUAAACUGCUCUGCAAACGGUUCAAUGUCCCGGAUCCCUACCCUGGGUCAACAGUUGUUGGACUGCUUAAGGUGAAACGAGACAAGUAUUCAGUGUUCAACUUCUUAACCGCCCCCACCGUUCCUGCAUCCAGUGGGAUGGUACCAGCAAGGGGAUCUGAACCGUCAAACAAAUCAUCCAAAGCUCCCGAAUCCAAGCGAAGGUCCAGGUGGGAUAUGUCCGCAGAGGACAGGGAGAAAGGUGCUGCUGGACAAACCCUCAGUGUGGCUGGACUGGAAACGGCACCAGAAAGCAGCUCGACUCUGCUGAGGGGAAAGGAUCCUGGAGACGGCCAAGGAAACCAACCGGAAGAUAAGGCAGAUUCGGAGGAGGAGGAAAGCCGACCAUCCAUGGACUUGUUCAAGGCUGUCUUCGCCAGCUCGUCGGAGGAAAGGUCCUCGUCAUCCUCCGAUGAGGAAGAAGAUGAGGACAACAGUAAAAUGGAGGGCCCUCCUGAGGCACGAGAUGCAGUCGAAGCCAGUCACCAAGCUGCUCCCACAGUCGAUCAGCCAGGUUCGGUGAAGGAGCUGGGUUUCCCAGAGAGAGGAUGCGAUGGCAUGAUACGGUCUGGGCAGUGCAGUCUGCAGACAGCCCCCGACACAGAGGAGUUUGGGCCUCGGCUGCCCCCAGCUCUGCUUCACGGGUCCGCAGUGCCUGGAUCUAUGAGAGCAGAGACCCACAUCAGCAGCACCACACACCAGGGGGAGAGAGAGCGACAGACCCACGUCAGCAGCGCCCCACACCAGGGGGAGAGAGAGCGACAGAAGCACAAGGAUCGGCGGAAAGCUAAGAAGCAGAAAAAAGACUCGAAAAAGAAACACAAGAAGCACAAAGAACGACGGAAGGCGAGGGGCAAGAGCCCGGGGAGCAGCAGUGAUGAGGAGGGAGGGGAGUCACGGCCCGUGCCCAUCGUGGAUCUGCUGAAGAGGUUGAAGAAUGUUCCAUUGACACAGCACUGAGAGGGGAUGAGGUGCGAUGGGCCAGAGUAGGGACAUCGGCGCCUGGGUCCUUCCGCUCUGCUGACCGCUGGGCAGUCCGCACAGUGACCGGCUGAAGGGGGAUGGAGACUGCUAACCGCUGGGCAGUCCGCACAGUGACCGGCUGAAGGGGACAGAGACUGCUGACUGAACAGCACCGGCCUUGCACAAGCUGAUCAACUACAGCAGCAUCACUGGUGGCUGCUGUUGUAUCUGUAGGGAUCCACAGUGGGAAACCCAGCUCAGCACAGGAGUGAGCGGGUCAGGGUGGGGGUGAAGGGUCUAUGUGAGUGGGGGAUGUGGUCUGUUUGUGUGUUGGAGUGUGUGUGUGUGUGGGGUGGGGUGUGUGGGAGGGUCUGUGUGUGUGGGGUGGGGGGUAGUGUACCAGGCUGUGACCUGGGACACUACUCCAGACAAACAUCGUCUGACCCCACACCCACCCCUGCUCCAUGGGACGGCAGGGUCAGCCCUCCCUCCACAACCCAGACCACUCCCCCCUUGCCUUCCUCCCGCUGCCACCCUCCCCCCCCCCCCCGCCCCCCCAGCCAUGGUGUUGGGCCCGGGGGAGGGGUGAGUGAUGACUGACCCCUUCCUGGCCUGUACCUUUCCCCUGGGGGGGGUGCUGGUGACAUCUCCUCCAUCUGCUUCACGUUCGGCUCGGGACUACAGGGGAGGCCGCGAGGUUUCAGCUGGUCGGGCAGCGUCUGUGGAGAGAGAAGCAGUAUCGAUGUUUUAGUUACUACAGCCUCUCGUCCCGCAGACUGUGAAUCUCUUGUACAGUGAAUCAGUGUUUGUACAGUUUCUGACCGGAGAUUGAAAUAAAAUUGUCUCAUUCACCAA